UGGUGUCGCCGCAGCCACCAGGGUUGCAAAUGUGAAGAAAUAAACCUGAGCAAUGUUCUCAAAAUUAGAAGCUAGUUAAUAAUAAUUUACUGUAAAAAAAGCAAGCAGAAAAUUAAUUUAAUACAAAAAGCAUUUUUCAUAAAGCAAAUAAUUUUGAUUUAAAAAUUGAAAGUCGGUUUUUGUAUCGCUGCGGAAGGUUGUCUGCUCUGUUCCUCUGCGAGGAGUUGAUCGCCAGCAAAAGUCCUCUGUUAAUCUCUCUCUCUUUUUAAUUUGUUUUUAACUUGUGUUUUCAACUUUUUAUCGUUAGUUUUGUGUGAUAAGCAGAGGAUGGAAAAGCAUUCCGAUUGUAACAGGAAGAAUGAGCGCGACUGCAAGAGAAGAAAGGAGCAGGAACUUGUCUGGGGAGCAGCUGGUCCAUUUGGAACAAGAAAGUCCAGAAAAGCACCCUCCGACGCCACUCCUGUCAAAACCAGAUCAAAGAAGCAGCUGGAAUCACCUAAGCAAAAGGAAAAUGAGCCGUGUGGCAGUUCCGAAAGUCAAGCCCAAGAGCAGCAGAAGGCACAUCGUCUAUACGGACAAAAGUAAGACGCAAUUCCUCUUUUUUUCCUCCAGUGGCGUAACCGUGUCAAACAUGUUCAUCAUGAGUCUGGCGGCGGCCGACCUGACCGUGGGCGCCAUCGUCAUGCCCAUCAGCUCCAUGUACGCGCUUACAGGGCGGUGGGUGUUGGGGUUGGCGGUGUGUCAGUUCUGGCUGUCGGCGGACUACACGGCCAGCACGGCGUCCAUCUUCAACCUGUUCAUCCUGAGCGUGGACCGCUACUGGUCCAUCACGUCGCCGCUGCGCUACCUGCGAAAGCGCACCAAGAAACGCGCACUCAUCAUGAUCGGGUUGGUGUGGGUGGUGUCGUGCAUGUGGAUCGUGCCGAUCAUCAGUUGGCACCACGUGGAGCACUCGGGCGAGCGACGCAACCCGGCCGACGUGUGCGAGACCGAGUUCGCGGCCAACGUCGCCUUCAAGGUCACGGCCGCCAUCUUCAACUUCUACUUCCCCACCGUGCUCAUGGUCUACCUGUACGGCCGCAUCUUCUUCGAGAUCAAGAAGCGCAGCCGCUUCGAAAUCGGUCACUGCACGCACGGGCGGGUGGGCAGUGGAGGCGGCGACGCGGCGGACGACUCGUUGGCCGAGGACCCGCGGCACUGGACGAGCGGGCGGCGGUCGGCGCGGCGCGGCGACGGGCUGGCGCUGCGCGAGUGGAAGCGCCACGAGCAGGGCCGCCAACUGCACCAGUUCCGCAACCUGACCGUGCUGUCGUACCGCGAGGAGGCCGCGGCCGCCCCCGCCGCCUCCGACGAGACCAUGAACGACGCCCUCGCCCACUUCGAAGGCAUCACUGUCAACGUCGAGUACGUCGGCGCCGCCAACGACACCGCCAGAACACCCUCGACCCGCGGAGGCUCGAGUGGCGGGCCGCAGCGUCGGUCGCGCGUGACGCGGACGCAGUUCUGGGCCGGGCAGGGUCGGAGGGGCGGGAGGGGAGGGUCGGACGCGAUCGUGCUGGCCAAGGAGAAGAAGGCGGCGCGGCAGCUGGGCGUGAUAAUGGGCGCGUUCGUGCUGUGCUGGCUGCCGUACUUCGUGCUGUUCACGGUGGUCGCCUUCUGCGAGGACUGCGUCGACCCCAAGUUCCACACGGCCACCAUCUGGCUCGGCUACGUCAACUCGACGCUCAACCCCGUGCUCUACCCCCUGUGCAACGCCAACUUCAAGCGCGCCUUCAAGCGCAUGCUCGGCUUCCGCCCCCUCCCCGCACCCGUGCCUCGCAAGAACACCCUCCAGCAACCCUCCCCCCACACCUUUAACAACAUGUGAUACGACUGAACCGCCCCCGUCCACCCCUCGGACGGCGGGCACCCCCACCAAAUCCUCACGCCUCAUUUGCUUCUCCUUGACUUGGACCUCAUUAAAGAAAAAAACGACCUUAAGAGUAAUUCGCUGUAAUGAGGUCCGAGAAAAAAAAUCAAUAACUAUUUCGACAUUUUUUUUUUUUCAAAUAAUCUGCAAAAGCAAUUUUGGCAAAGCAAAGUUUCAACUGAUUCGAAUUGAAAAGGAAUUCUCUCAAAAUCUAAAGUUUGUGAUAAAAUUGCUCAUUUUUUUUACUCAAACUUUUAAUAAUGAUUUAUAAUUUUUUUGUUUCUGUGAUGCUCUUAAAAAAAGCGCAAUUUUUGAACUUUUUAAAAUCCUUCCGAUCAUCAUGUUUGACUUACAUACCUGCCAAAAUUGUUAAUUUUUUUACAAGCCUCUGAAUUUUGCUAGAAAAUAAAUUAUCUUGUACUGAUGCGAACUUCUCAUAAGGAACAAGAACAACUCUUUACAAAUCUUCGUCCAAUAAAUAAGUAACUAUGAAGAUCAAAUUUUAAACGCGGGUGUUCGUGGCAGUUUUGGUUCUGCUUACAAUAUUUUUUACCCAAAUAUCACAAUUUUUUUGCUUCACUCCAUUAUUUCUCUGGGAGACUAUUUUUUAUAUUUCUAGUGGAAAAGAUCAAAGUCCUUGGGCAUGGAAAGGGCGGAAAACGAUCGUGAGAUCAAAUCGGACGUUGAUAAGCCGCGGGCAGUCGUGAAAUUUGUGCCAAAUUCGCUCCUCUUUUUCCGUUUUUUUAACAGUGAAAUUUGUAAACAAAAAUAUUAUGUUGCAAGGUAUAAAUUGUUGACCUUUGUGACUUGCCAACCGGUCAAACAGUAUCGCAUUACAAAAAUAGCAAGUUUCUGAACUAAAAUGUUUCACCCUGGAUUUAAAUUAAAACAAGAAUUAUAUGAAAAAAUUUGCAUUUCUUGACAUUCCACUCCUUUUUUUUGUAAUGAAAUGUAAAAUAUAAAUAUGCAUAACUUUACUUUGAAAAAAAUUUAAGCAAAAUUCAUUGUAUGAAGAAAGUAUUGAAAUUUUGGAAUUAAAUUUUAAUUUUCUUGAUUCGUCAGUUUUUUUUAAAAUUACUGAGAGUGCAGUUGGGGGAUGGGGGAGAAAAUAUGGUCCCAGCGGACCUGGGGCUGUUUUUUGUAUUAUUGCAAAACAAACUUUCCGAUAUGGUAAAAGUUGUCGCACCUUUUCCCUCCGAAAGUAGACUUCGUAUUCCGACGCGGUAGAAAAUAAAUUCCUUUCUUGCGUGGCGAGAAAAAAAUUUGCGUUUCAAAAUCGAGCAUCUGCCUUUUUCUCACGCGCCGCCAAAAAACGUCCUUCAAGAGAAGAAAGAAGAACCGCACUUGCUUUUAUGUUCGCAAAAUGAAUUUCAAGUAAAAUCUCCUCCAAUGCCUUGUAUUUUAUUUCAUUGCGCGGAAAAUACUUCGCCCUUGGAAAUAAAAAGGGUCAGUUGGAGCGAAUUCAGACGAAGGGAUUAAAAAUCAACGAAGCCACUUUUUUGGGGGAACUCUUGAGCGUCAGCCUUUGAGAGGGACUAAGCAGAGCAAUUUGCGCUUUUCCUCUUGACACAAAUCUCGUCACGCGCUUCAGUACAAAUUUCUCCCCUUCCUUUCCACUAAUGCCCUUUUUUGUUUUCCAAAUUAUCAAUCUCUUUUCCACGACCAACUUCAAAAGAAGGAAAUUUCA